CUGUGAACUCGAUGUAACGAACUCAUCCUUUCACCUGACGGGUGAAUGACUACUUGCUACAGACUAGACAUUCGACAACAGAGAUUUCUAAUUACGUCUUGAUCACGGAAAAACGUGUAGCAACGAUGCUGGGCAAGCGGAAACGAGAAGUUGCGGUCGCUCCUCGACGACGAGAGCGCAUUUCGACAGACGACGAAAACCCUACUCCUACAACGAGCGCCGAUGCAAGUCAAGACCUCUUUCGAAAAUAUUUCGAAUCUGCCUUUGAACCUCUGCCCGAGUCGAAGAUGAAGCCUUCUUCGCAUCCAGAAGGGGAUGAUGAGAGCGAAAGCGAAGGCGAGGACUUGGAGGACGAAAACAGUGAGGCUACAAGUGAAGAGUCGGCGUGGGAAGGUCUGUCAGAUGCAGGCCAGCAAGAUGCAGAGGUGGUGGUUGUUGUUGAGCACAACGCUACGGCGCAAGAUGCAGAGGAGCUCGACUCUCACAAGCGGCAAUACAAGUCGUUCAUGAGUUCAAAACCACCCAAGGACUUACAGCGAGCGACGAAGAAAACGCCCGACAAGGCGGCAGUCGGAGAAGAUGACGCAUUGGAAGCGCAAAAUUUGAAACAUGACCUCGAUCUUCAACGGCUACUGAAAGAAUCCCACUUGCUGGAACAGGCGAAGUCGUCGACAAUGCCCGGGGCAGAGCGUCAUAAGGCCAUUGAUAUGCGAAUGAGGUCAUUGGGGUCUAAAGACUCCCUGUUUCACCAGAAGAACAUGCCCCGAUCACAUCGAGUGGGUAUUGUGACCAAGGCGACAAGCCGCGAGGCACUGCGCAGAAAGGAGGCCAAGGAGAAUGGUAUCAUACUGGAGAAGCCGUCCGGAGAGGCCAGGGCUACGAACCGGAGGGAGCGAGGCGUCGAUAACCCUGCAGUAGGUAGAUUCCGAAGUGGCACCCUGAAACUUAGCAGGAAGGAUGUCCUCGACAUCCAAGGUUCAAGCCGGGGAGGUGGUCGCAAUACCCGUCAAAAGCGUCAUUAACUGCUCGAGACAUGACAGCCCUUGAGAAAAACAUCUCAUGCGUGGCAGGCCGCUCGCUCUCCACCGAACUCCUAUCCGCUUGGAAGGCUGUAUGGAGGGGCUUGUUUCGUCUUGUGCCAGGAUCUUUGAACUGGCUUGAAGCUAUUUUCACAGCCUGGAUGCUGUAAAUCCUUUGGACAGCUUGGAAUCCCAUGACAUCUAUCCAGGAGAGUGGCUAGCCAGGGCUGGCAUUUGUCAUUAGCGGAGUGACGUUGAAUAUCAUGACUGGUUGAAAUGGGCGAUUCGAAACGUGCCCCCCAUCGACUUGGCCUCGACGGCAGCUGGCUCGGUCGAAGAACAUUCUUUGCUGUUGCACCAUUGCCUCAGCCUCGGGACUUCUCGCCACCGUAGCAAGGUUGGUCUUCCGAGCCAAAGAGCCCAACAAAGCCCUCAGCCGUCUCUCUAUCGUCAGCGUCUCACCAUCAUUCGGUUGUGGUCUAUCCGUGGUGGCGGAGCUUGCAGGGUGUCCCAAACCAGUAAGUUGUGAUGGACAGUGACCGCUUUGGUGUCUCUGCGACGUGACCCUGCGUUCUCACGGACAGGACGGACUGAUUUUGACUGUCGGAGAUUUGCCAGGAUCAAGGGCUUUGGUACCAAUUACGCCACUACAUAGCACGCUGUGCCUAGUUUCAGGCUUUGGACAAUUCGGCCAGGUUUAUGGCAGUCGCAUUUCUUAAGUUCUUUAGAGGCUUCAAAUGCGACGAUAUGUGCCAAUGCUUUCUGGAAGAUCGAGCAUGAUUGUCCUCGUACGAGAAGAAGCGCAGUCGCAUGCAAAGAUGAUGUGCAGCAUG